AUUAACAAACCUUAACUAUAUACGAUCGAGUAGAAUAAUUAAUUAAUUAAUUACAACUUAACGAUGGCUAGUUUAUCAAACCAGCCAUCCAAGAAGGCGAUCAUCAGGAGCCCGGAGAGAUCCUCAUUGUCAAGAUCCUCCCAGCCCGCCGCCGCCAGCAGCCGCGGGGGCUCCGGCGGGCAGACGGUGAAGUUCGCACGGCGGACGUCGAGCGGGCGGUACGUGAGCCUGUCGAGGGAGGACCUGGACAUGUCGGGGGAGCUGGCGGCGGCGUCGGGGGACUACAUGAACUACACCGUCCACAUCCCCCCGACCCCCGACAACCAGCCCAUGGACGACGCCGCCGCCUCCUCCUCGGUCGCCGCCAAGGCGGAGGAGCAGUACGUCUCCAACUCCCUCUUCACCGGGGGGUUCAACAGCGUCACCCGGGCCCACCUCAUGGACAAGGUGAUCGAGUCCGAGGUCAGCCACCCGCAGAUGGCGGGGUCCAAGGGCUCCUCCUGCGCUAUGCCCGCCUGCGACGGAAAGAUCAUGAGGGACGAAAGAGGAAACGACGUCACUCCAUGCGAAUGCAGGUUCAAAAUAUGCAGGGACUGCUACAUGGACGCCCAAAAGGACACGGGACUGUGCCCGGGGUGCAAGGAGCCCUACAAAGUAGGGGACUACGAAGAGGACGUCCCGGAGUUCACGAGGGGCGCCGCGCUGUCCUUGCCGGGGCCGGGCGGCGGCGGCGGCGGCUCCAAGAGGGACAGCCGGAACAGCAACAUGUCGAUGAUGAAGAGGAACCAGAACGGGGAGUUCGACCACAACAAGUGGCUGUUCGAGACGCAGGGCACUUACGGCUAUGGGAACGCGUACUGGCCCCCGGACGAGAUGUACGGAGGCGAGGACGAGGACGGGAUGAUGAAGAGAGGCAUUUUGGAUAGCUCCGCUGAUAAGCCUUGGAAACCACUUAGUAGGAAAUUGCCCAUUCCCAAUAGCAUCAUUAGCCCUUACAGGUUGCUUAUAGCAGUUCGGCUAGUAGUGCUGUGUUUCUUCCUGGCAUGGCGGAUAAAGCACCCAAACGACGACGCAUUAUGGCUGUGGCUGAUGUCCGUCACCUGCGAGAUCUGGUUCGCCUUCUCGUGGAUCCUGGACCAGAUCCCCAAGGUGUGCCCCUGCAACCGGUCCACGGACCUGGACGUCCUCCGGGAGAAGUUCGACCUGCCCUCCCCCUCCAACCCCACCGGCCGCUCCGACCUCCCCGGGGUCGACUUCUUCGUCUCCACCGCCGACCCCGACAAAGAGCCCCCCCUCGUCACCGUCAACACCAUCCUCUCCAUCCUCGCCGUCGACUACCCCGUCGAGAAGCUCGCCUGCUACAUCUCCGACGACGGCGGCGCCCUCCUCACCUUCGAGGCCAUGGCCGAGGCCUGCAGCUUCGCCGACCUCUGGGUCCCCUUCUGCAAGAAACACGACAUCGAGCCCCGCAAUCCCGAGAGCUACUUCAGCUUGAAGGGGGACCCGACGAAGAACAAGAAGCGGACGGACUUCGUGAAGGACCGGCGGCGGGUGAAGAGGGAGUACGACGAGUUCAAGGUGAGGAUAAACAGUUUGCCUGAUUCGAUACGGCGGCGGUCGGACGCGUUUAAUGCCAGGGAGGAGAUGAAGAUGCUGAAGCAGAUGAGGGAGAGCAGCGGGAGCGAAGCUCACGAGCCGAUAAAGGUGAAGAAGGCGACUUGGAUGGCCGAUGGCAGCCACUGGCCCGGAACUUGGGCCGUGCCUAGCACCGACCACGCAAAGGGUGAUCAUGCUGGCAUACUACAGGUAAUGUUGAAGCCCCCUAGUUGUGAUCCUUUGAUGGGAGGGUCCUAUGAUGAGGAUAAGCACCUCUUGGACUUCUCCGACGUGGACAUCCGUCUUCCCAUGUUUGUCUACAUGUCGCGGGAGAAGCGGAGAGGGUACGAGCACAACAAGAAAGCGGGUGCGAUGAACGCGUUGGUCCGGUGCUCGGCCGUGCUCUCAAACGGCCCCUUCAUGCUCAACCUCGACUGCGACCACUACGUGUACAACUGCAAAGCGGUUCGCGAGGGGAUGUGUUUCAUGAUGGACCGAGGCGGAGAAGACAUCUGCUACAUCCAGUUCCCUCAGAGGUUCGAAGGCAUUGAUCCCUCGGAUCGCUACGCCAACCACAACACCGUCUUCUUUGACGGGAACAUGCGCGCCCUUGAUGGGAUCCAGGGGCCGGUAUAUGUGGGCACAGGAACUAUGUUCAGAAGAUUUGCUCUGUACGGGUUUGAUCCGCCGCAAGCGGACAAGAGCCCGCAGAAGGCGGCGGAUGCCCACCCGUUAAACACCAUAGACUUCGACCCGGACCUGGAUGUGAACCUUCUUCCCAAACGCUUUGGGAACUCCACUGUCUUAGCAGAGUCCAUUCCCAUUGCUGAAUUCCAAGGGCGGCCCAUUGCCGAUCACCCCGCCGUUAAGUACGGCCGGCCCCCGGGCAUCCUCCGUGUCCCCCGUGAGCCACUCGAUGCAGCCACCGUUGCCGAAGCCGUCUCUGUCAUAUCUUGCUGGUAUGAAGACAAGACGGAGUGGGGGGAUAGGGUGGGGUGGAUAUACGGGUCGGUGACGGAGGACGUGGUGACCGGAUACCGGAUGCAUAACCGGGGCUGGCGCUCCGUCUACUGCAUCACCAAACGGGAUGCGUUCCGGGGUUCCGCCCCGAUCAACCUCACCGACCGCCUCCACCAAGUUCUCCGGUGGGCCACCGGCUCCGUGGAGAUCUUCUUCUCGAGGAACAACGCCUUCUUCGCGUCCCGGCGGCUCAAGUUCCUCCAGCGCUUGGCCUACCUCAACGUCGGGAUCUACCCCUUCACCUCCAUCUGCCUCCUCGUCUACUGCUUCCUCCCGGCCCUCUCGCUGAUCUCCGGCCACUUCAUCGUCAAGAACCUCAACAUUGCCUUCUUGCUCUACCUCCUCACCAUCACCAUAUGUCUCAUCUCUUUGGCCCUCUUGGAGGUCAAGUGGUCCGGCGUUGGUUUAGAAGAGUGGUGGCGGAAUGAGCAGUUUUGGCUCACUUCCGGCACCAGCGCCCACCUUGCCGCCGUCGUCCAGGGACUCCUCAAAGUCAUUGCCGGCAUCGAGAUAUCCUUCACCCUCACAUCCAAAUCCGCCGGGGAGGACAACGACGACAUCUACGCCGAGCUCUAUCUCGUGAAGUGGAGCUCACUGAUGAUCCCGCCGAUCGUCAUCGCGAUGGUCAACAUCAUCGCCAUCGUCAUCGCCUUCUCGAGGACCAUCUACAGCCCGAUCCCGCAGUGGAGCAAGUUCAUCGGCGGCGCCUUCUUCAGCUUCUGGGUUUUGGCCCACCUGUACCCCUUCGCGAAGGGCUUGAUGGGGAGGAGGCGGAAGACACCGACGAUUGUUUUUGUGUGGUUGGGUCUCAUCGCCAUCACUCUCUCCCUCCUCUGGAUAGCCAUCAGCCCGCCCAAAGGCGCAGCCACAACGGCAGAUCAACUCGGUGGCGGCGGCGGUGGUGGUGCAAACUUUCAAUUCCCUUAAGAGUGAGGAAUGCGCGGUUUUUCAGAGCCUUUCGUACAAUGCUCUGUUCGACACCGAAGUGGUUCAUAACCUCCUCCAAACACACAUUGUAUUACACGAUGUGAGGGGUUGGACACACUUUGGGAUCGAAGGCAGAUUGUUUUGGGUGUCAUGAAAUGACACCCAAAGUAGAUGUAUGUCCAAAGAAAAUCAUGUAUAUUAUGUCCUAAUUUAUUAUGUGAAAUUUGCACUAAAUAAGACUAAAACAUAACGACUUUCUUAAUGUAGGACUUAAACUUUUUUUAUUACCUAAAUAGGACUUAUUAAUGACCUAGUGGGAGGAAUAAUGUCCAGUAAUGAUGGACAUUUAGUUGAAAGAAUAUAUAUUUGGUUUUAAC